GCCAGGCGCACUGGAAUCCCAAAGCCAGCCAAACCAGCAGCGAGACUGGCCUGAAGUGUUGAAGCGAGGACGGGGGGAGAGGGAGAGAGAGACACAGACCCUUUCCUGGGGAGGUGAAGCCUUUACUCAGGCAAGUAGUGCAGCUCUCCCGACCUCAGUCCCCUCACCGACCAAUAAAGGCAGCUUGGUUAUCAAACUCCAGCAACCUUUGUGGGAGGCUCUGGGAGGCGGGCACAGGAUCCAUUUCAACCUCAGACCCACCAGAUUUUGGAUUUGUUGCCGCCGGGAGGGGAGGGAAGGGCAGCUGGAGGUCUCUCUCUCUCGCUCCUGGAGCUGCCAGCUGGCUAAAGCAGCCGUCUUCACAGAUACCCGCCCCGAUGCCAGCUCUCCGCUGUAUUCUGGUCAUCCUGUCUACCGCGACCCUAGCAGAGACGGCCUGUACGUGUAGUGGUAAAUCAAAAUGUCACUGUGAUGGAGUAAAAGGCAAUAAGGGCGAAAGAGGUUUCCCUGGUCCACAGGGUCCACCUGGAAUUCCAGGCUUUCCAGGUAUUGAGGGUCCUCGAGGUCCAGAAGGUCCUAAGGGAAAUCCUGGAUUUUCUGGACCUCCAGGCAUGAAAGGUUUGAGGGGACCUUCAGGUUUACCAGGCCAUCCAGGAAACCCUGCUGUGCCGGGUAUCCCUGGAAAAGAUGGUCCUCAAGGUCCUAAAGGCAUACCAGGAUGCAAUGGCACAAAGGGUGAUCCUGGCUUUCCAGGAAUUCCUGGCUCUGAAGGAUUAAGCGGACUUCACGGACAUCCAGGGCUUCCAGGACAAAAGGGUGAACCAGCUCAAACUGUAUCAUUAUAUCCAGGGGACAAAGGAAGCCGUGGACCACCAGGUCAACCAGGACCUCCAGGCUCUCCAGGAUUCCCAGGUUUUGGAGGACCACCAGGCUUGAACGGUGAUCCAGGAAUCAGGGGAGGCCAAGGUUCAAAAGGGGACAAAGGUGACAGUGGUUUCCUUGGGAAGACAGGAAGGCAAGGAAAGGAUGGAAUACCUGGUCAACCAGGACCACAAGGACCCCGAGGAAUCAAGGGUGACCCAACACCAUUUGCAUCAAAUGGUGACAGAGGUCCACAAGGUGUCCCUGGAAACGCUGGUAUCCCAGGACCUAUGGGCCCUCCUGGGCCACCCGGGUUUGGACCUCCGGGUAGACAAGGGCUCAAAGGAAAUCGUGGCGUACCUGGAUUUCGAGGAAUUGAUGGUGUCCCAGGUGAGAAAGGGGAGCAGAAUAAUGAGUCCGCAGUCCCAGGCCCAACAGGACUUCGUGGUGAAACAGGAGCUACUGGACCAGCGGGUUUUCCAGGGAACCCUGGACCUCCAGGUCGAGAUGGUUCUCCAGGUCCUCCAGGAGAAAAGGGAGAAACUGGACAUUCAGAGAAAGGAUCAACUGGUCCUCCAGGUCUUAAAGGAAACCCAGGGCCUCCUGGAGUAUUGGGUCCUCUAGGAACUCCAGGAAGACCAGGAGCACCUGGAACACCAGGGUUGCCAGGAGUCACUGGUCCUAAGGGUGAUGGACGUUUUGGACUGCCAGGCAAUCAUGGUCCACCAGGUCCUGCAGGAAAUGUUGGACCACCAGGGGAGAAGGGUAAUUCAGGUCCUCCUGGACUGCCUGGAGAAGAAGGGCGUCCUGGUCGCAGUGGUCCUCAAGGUCCACGAGGUGACCUCGGAAGUCCUGGUAUUCAGGGGCCAACAGGUCCACGUGGACAACCAGGUAAAGGGAUACCUGGACCUGAAGGUUCUGAAGGCCCACCUGGUCCACCUGGUCUACAAGGAAUAACAACUAGAGGGCCUACUGGGGAUCCAGGAAUUCCAGGAGUGGGUAUUCCAGGCCUCCCUGGUACUCCUGGAUCUGUUGGAACUCCAGGCUGUUCAGGCCCUCCUGGACCAAGAGGUUCUCUGGGGAAUCCAGGACGACCAGGAGUACCAGGGAGAUCAGGUCCAAAAGGUGAACCUGGUGUUAUGGGAGAGCCAGGGAAUCCAGGGCUAACUGGUGAACGAGGAUGUCAAGGCCUCAAGGGAGACAAAGGUUCUGAAGGUCAAUCAGGACCAAAGGGUAAUGAAGGUGCAAUUGGUCUGAUAGGUCUAAAAGGUGAAAAAGGAAUUAAACCAGUUACACAUACAAUUAUAGUAAAAGGUGUGAUGGGAGACCCUGGGCCACAAGGUUUGCAAGGAAGAACGGGACCAAAAGGUGAGACUGGUUCCUGGGGUGAAGCGGGUCAUAAAGGUAAAGAUGGAGCACCAGGACCUCUAGGUCCAGCAGGUCCACCAGGUGAUCCAGGUUUACCAGGAAAUCCAGGCAAUCCAGGAUGUGAUGGAGUUCUUGGGUCUACGGGUCCAAUGGGCCUGCCAGGUGACAAGGGAGAAAAAGGGUUUGCUGGACCAACAGGGUCUUCAGCUUUACCUGGUUCUGACGGCAUUCCUGGCACAAAGGGAGAGAAAGGAGAACCAAGCAGAUUAGUCUAUGGCAACCCAGGCCCUCCAGGAGAAAAGGGUAAUCAAGGUCCUACGGCCCCAAAAGAACUACCGGGUACUCCUGGGUCUCGAGGUGAACCAGGAACUGAUGGUUGUCCUGGGACACCUGGUGAGAAAGGCGACCAAGGCAAAUCAGGUUUUCCAGGUCCUGCAGGCUCUAAAGGCGGUAAAGGACUUGAUGGGAAACGAGGCUUACCAGGAAGUCAAGGUGUCCCAGGAACUCCAGGAAUGCCAGGUCGCCAUGGUCCACCAGGAUUAACAGGUGCAAAGGGCCGGCAAGGACUUGAUGGUAUUCCAGGUCCUCAUGGACUGAAGGGAGAUCCAGGUUUACCUGGAAGAGGAUAUAAAGGCCAACCAGGCCCAUGUGGGCAAUCAGGUCCUAAAGGAGAUACAGGACCUCCAGGUGAUGAGAGUGAAGGAGGCCCUCCUGGUCCACGAGGUGACAUAGGUCCUCCUGGGCCUCCUGGCCUCCCCGGUGAAUCUGGCCCACCUGGUCCUGCAGGAAUGAGUAUUCAAGGUCCCAAAGGAAACAGAGGACCUCAAGGCACCCCUGGGCCUGCAGGUCCUCGUGGAUUAAAGGGAUUGUUUGGACUGCCAGGGCCAGACUGUCUGAAGGGGAACAAAGGAUCAUCUGGUCUCCCAGGAUUUCAAGGCAACCCAGGUGACAGGGGUGAACCAGGUGCAAAAGGACAACCAGGAAUUCCAGGCACAUCAGCUCAAGGUCCCAAAGGCGAGCGGGGUUCAACCGGUACCCCUGGGUUCCCAGGUUUACAAGGUGACAAAGGAGUCAAAGGCCAGACUGGAGAUGCAGGAUUGCCAGGACUGCCUGGGCAACCAGGUCCAGAAGGGCUGCCAUCUGUUAUAUCAACAAUACCUGUAAAGGGCGAUUCCGGACUCCCGGGUCCACCGGGGCCUGAAGGACGAAGUGGAACUCCUGGAUCUCCUGGACCACCUGGAUGUAUCGGUAGCCAAGGUCCAACUGGUUCACUUGGUCGUAAUGGGCCUCCUGGUGGUAUGGGGCGUCCAGGACAAAAAGGCUCGCCAGGAUUUCCUGGACAACAAGGUAAAUAA